AUGAACCUCACCCUCCUCACCACCCUCCUAACCACCCUGGCAACAACCAACGCCCUCACCCCCAACACCGCAAACAGCACCACCGGCCAGAAAAUCCUCGACAAGGCCCUCACAGCAGCAGGAACGCCCUACGCCUGGGGCGGCGGAUCCUGCAAAGGUCCUACACACGACCAACCGCCCUACCAAUACGGCGAUAUCGGGUAUGACUGCUCGGGACUCGUGUGUUGGGCUGUGUGUCAGGUCACAGGCCGGGAUUUGUUCUCGGAGGGUUUGCGUGUGACGUCUGAUAUGUAUUGCGCGGAGGAGAAGGAGUUGAAGUAUAAGGACUCUGGGGAUCGCAUGUGGAAUGCUCCUAAUGACCGCGUGAAUAAGGUCCAGGAGAACAGUAUCGCGAAGUUUGGGGAGAAACCUUGUCCUUAUGUUGUGCGGUUUGCUUGA